CGCCCCCGAAAUGACUUUCUUGAAGCAACAGGAAGCAACAACCCCCCGAAAGAGUGCAGGCUGAGAGGAAAGGCUCGGUCGAGGUCGAACUCGUAUCGAGUGAUUGUCUUUUCUCGAUCGAGACCCGCGGGCAAGUUGCAGAAGUUUGUGGCCGCCCCUGACCACUUGUGUGUCGGGGUGAACCUCGACGUGGCACCGCAUCGACAAGCAUGUCCGCCUCGUAAAGCUCCAAAGGAAGCGGACCCGCUUCUGGGGGACACACACGAAGUGUGAAACCGGUCAUGGCCCAUGGCACCAGCUUCCAGUAUGAGCGAGUGGCAGAAAUAGGCGGCGGUGCUUACGGGACCGUUUAUAAGGCCCGUGACACGGAGAGUGGUCAAUUUGUGGCUCUAAAAAGCGUGCGUGUCCAGACAGACCAUAAUGGCCUCCCCAUCUCCACGGUCAGAGAGGUGGCUUUGUUAAAGCGACUAGAGCAGUUUGACCAUCCCAACGUGGUCAGGCUCAUGGACGUAUGUGCCACCCAGAGGUCGGACCAGGAGACUAAAGUCACUUUAGUCUUUGAACACGUGGAGCAAGACCUCAAGACGUACUUGGAGAAAGCCCCAGCUCCAGGAUUGGCGCCCGAACGCAUCAAAGACUUGAUGAAACAGCUGCUGUGUGGUCUGGCAUUCCUGCACUCAAACCGUGUGAUGCACAGAGACCUGAAACCAGAGAAUAUUUUGGUAACCAGCCAGGGUCAGGUGAAGCUCGCUGACUUCGGACUGGCACGCAUGUACAGCUGCCACAUGGCCCUCACUCCUGUGGUGGUGACACUCUGGUAUCGGCCUCCUGAGGUUUUGCUGCAGUCGAGCUACGCCACACCUGUGGACAUCUGGAGCUCCGGAUGCAUCUUUGCGGAAAUGUUCAAACGCAAACCCUUGUUCCGUGGAGAAUCCGAAGUGGACCAACUUGGGAAAAUCUUUGAAGUGAUUGGUCUGCCACAAGAGGAGGAGUGGCCAAUUGGUGUUACACUUUCAAGAAAACACUUCCCCCUUUUCUCGGCUCGCCCAAUAACUGACUUUGUUCCAGAGAUAAACGAGCAGGGGGUGCAACUGCUGCUGGAAAUGUUAACCUUUGACCCCUCUGAUCGAAUAUCUGCCCUGAAUGCACUAGAUCAUCCGUAUUUCCGCAAUGAGGAGAUAUUGACUGAGACAAAAAGCUGAGCUGCUGCAAUAAAACAUAGUAACGAGAGGUAACUUUGGCCACAAGAUUUCACACUCAAGGAGUCCCUCCUGCACCCUGGGAUCUUUUUUAUUACUACAGUAUCGAAAACAACUGAAAAAAAUGGAAUCACGUUGAAGAGGAGCGAACUUAUGGAUCACUGCCAUGAUUUUUCCAAAAUGUAAAUGUCACACUUAUUGAUGUGAACAUAUCAUGACUUAAUUGUUUGUGCUCUGUCUGUCCCUCGGCAUUUAGUUAAAGCCUCCACAAAGAGACAGAAUCGACAUCUUGGUUGUGAGCAAGUCUUUAGUCAAUUGAAAAUGCAGACCAUGACAUCAAUCACCUUCAGUUGUUUUGGAAAAAUGUUAGGCAUUACUGGACGACUGAAUUCCAAUGUUGUUUUUUGUGUGGAAGACCCUCUGAAAUCAACCUGCACUGCAACCACAAAGGAAUAAAAACACCUUUAAUCACAAAACA